ACUGCCACAGCUACGGCUCAGAGAGGUUGUGCUGCCUGACUGGUGACUUGACCUGUUCCUGUUUCCUCCAGACUUGAGCUCCCAUUUUCCACCGGUAAGAUGUCUGACACCGAGCAGGAACUCCAACGGAUGAUCCGUCGCCACUUUCGCGAAAAAAUGGAGCUACAAGCUCAAAUCCAGACCCUGAAAGCUUCUGUCCCAAAGAAUGACAAGGGCAGACGGAAGCAGAUGCAAGUGGACAUUGCCCGCCUCGAGGCCGAGAUGGAGCAGAGGCACCAGCAGGAGCUGGAGAAAUUUGGAGAAAAUCCUGACAGCAGUGUGGAUUCGGUUACAGCCGACCUCAAAAAGAUGAAUCUCGAGAAUGUGCCUCCACGCCCAUCCAAAGCCCAGAAACGGCGCGACCGAAGAGCUCACCAGGAUAGACGGCGCCAGGAGAGGAUGCCUGCAGCCCAGGCCGAGCAACUGGCUGCCUACCGUCGUGAGGAGGAGGAGAAGGUCGCUGCCAUUCUAGGGGCUAAAAAUUUGGAGAUGAAGACCAUCCCUGCUGACGGCCACUGCAUGUACCGUGCCAUCCAGGAUCAGCUGGUGUUCUCCGUGACAAUCGAGAGCCUUCGCUACCGCACUGCCUACUACAUGCGCAAACAUAUUGAUGACUUCUUACCUUUCUUCACGGAGCCCGAGGCCGGCAACUUCUACACCCGGGAGGACUUCCUGAGGUACUGUGAUGACAUCGUGCACAAGGCUUCGUGGGGAGGCCAGCUGGAGCUGAGAGCCCUGUCGCACGUCCUGCAGACCCCAAUCGAGGUGGUACAGGCCGACUCACCCAUCAUUGUCAUCGGGGAGGAGUACACCAGGAAGCCAGUCACGCUGGUCUAUCUGCACCACGCCUGCGACUUCGGAGAGCACUACAAUUCGGUGAAGUCCAUUGAGGUUGCUGGAGCAGUUGGAGGAAUGGCGCCGCGCCUCUUCUAG